AUGUCAUCAACAACAACAAUCGAAAGUCCAUCAAAAUCGUCAACGACGAGUAAUCGUUUUCAUACAAAUGGAAUUGAAACUGAAUCAUUGUCAUCAACGGCAACACAUUCAAAUGGAAAUGGUGUAACGGCUGUUGUUGUGACAAAUCCGCUUGCAUCAUCAUCAUUUUCAUCAACAACAUCUCGUUAUCAAUCAUCAGUGAUGAAUAAAUAUAAAAAUUUAGCUACACCAGAUCUAACUCAUCCACUUUCGAGUUUAAAACAAAUGACGCAUAUUUUAACAAAUAAUAAUGGAAAUAAUACAGCUUUGGAUUCGCAUUCUUAUCUUGCCUCGAAAUACCGUCGUCCUGAUACUCAUCUUCGUUCAACAACAUCAACACCAAAUUCUACACCAACAAAAACUUCCGUACCCGCAACAAAUGAAUCAACAACUGUUGAUGGUCCACCGCCAGUUGCUCCUCCUCCUCCACCACCACCACCACCCCCUCCAUCAGCUCUUCCUUCGUCGUCUUCAUCAACAUCAAGUGUUAAGGGCCCAUCAACUCGAUUAGCAUUAGAUGAUCUUCAUCAAUCUCCGAUUCUUCAUAGUACAACAACGCACAGUCAUACGUCAAAUGGGGAUUAUCGUUCUACUCUUUAUCCAACUAUAGUUAACAAUCCAACGUCAACACCAAUACCAUCACCACCACAUGGUUAUGGAUCAUCAUCAGCAAAUAAUUCUACAAUAUCAAAAUUAAUACGACCACGUCAAGAAUCAGAAGCGACUUCAAUUAAUAAAGAACAACAACAAACAGCUCCGAGAAUUCGAGAAAUAAGUUCAAAUGUUGGUUUUGUUUCAUUACCUGAUCAAGUUCAUCGACGAGCGGUUAAAAAAGGAUUUGAAUUUAAUUUAAUGGUUGUUGGUCAAUCUGGUUUAGGCAAAUCUACGUUUAUAAAUACAUUAUUUCAAACAGAACUUUACGGUCAAGAUUUUCCAUCAACGGUUCAUCGAAAAAAGAAAACUGUUUCAAUUGAUUCAUCUUCUAUAAUAUUAAAAGAAAAAGGUGUUCAAUUGCGUUUAACGAUUGUUGAUACACCUGGCUUUGGUGAUGCUGUCGAUAAUUCAAACUGUUGGCAACCAAUAAUCGAUUAUAUUGAUUCGAAAUAUGAAGAAUAUUUAAAUGCUGAAUCACGUGUCGUUCGAAAAGCUCAUAUAACUGAUAAUCGUGUUCACUGUUGUCUUUAUUUCAUUACACCGACUGGCCAUAGUCUUCAAGCAUUGGAUAUUGAAUUUAUGAAACGUCUUCAUGAUCGAGUGAAUAUAAUUCCUGUUAUUGCCAAAGCGGAUACAUUAACAUCAGAAGAGUUACGCUUAUUUAAAAAAUCUAUAAUGCAAGAUAUCACAAAUGAAAAAAUGAAAUUAUAUGAAUUUCCUGAAUGUGAUGAUGAUGAUGAUGAAAAUAAACUAACAAAAAUUUAUAAAGAUAAGGUUCCAUUUGCUGUUGUUGGAAGCAAUUUUAUUUUAGAAAAAGGAAAUAAACGUACACGAAUUAGACAAUAUGCUUGGGGAAUUGUUGAUGUCGAAGACGAGGUUCAUAGUGAUUUUAUUGCAUUACGAAGUAUGUUAAUAAGAACAAAUUUAAAUGAUUUACGUGAUGUUACACAUAAUAUUCAUUAUGAAAAUUAUCGAUAUAAAAAAUUAAGUGCAUUUCAUGGAAAUGAUACAAAAAAUGGAAAAACAUUACAAACACCUUCAGUUAAUAAAAAUUUUUUAUCACAACUAGAAGAUGAACGAAUAGAAACAGAAACACGAUUAGAAAAAAUGUCUCGUGAUAUGGAAGCUGUUUAUCAAUCGAAAGUUACCGAGAAAUUACAGAAACUUGAAGAAAGCAAACAAAAUGUCCUAAAAACGCAAGAAACUUAUCGAUUAAAUAUUCAACAAGAAGAAGAACGUAUUCAAUUGAAACGUGAAGAGUUCGAACGUGCUCGUCGAGAAUGGGAAGAAUGUUUAUCAAAAACUGGCUUUGCCGAUCAAAUUGGAUCACUUACAAAGACUGCAAAAAAAGGUCUCUUUUAA